AGCCAAUAAACGCGAUUUUAAUGGCCGCCGUUGCCGAUCUCUUCUGUUGCAAGAUACUCAAAGAGUAACGUCAUCCAGCUUCAUCUUCACAAGUCGGGGUUAUCUUUCCCCUCGGCAGUCAUGGACACAUCGCUUUCCAGAACAAAGCAAAAGAAAAAAAAGAAACCAGCUCGCAAGGAAUCUCACCCAGAGUCGAAAGAUAGCUUGAAAGCCAACAAAAGCCAGCCCAGCUUACAGCAGGCCAAAGCGCAGCCGAUACAGAUUACUGUAACCAAGAAGCAGAGUGCGGAAGGAAACGAGAACAGCCCACAGCCAGUUGCUAAAGUGGUGCUCAGCAAAGUGCUGCCGCAGCAACCGAUCACAAAUCAACCUCAGGAAGUGCAGCUUGCUCAGGCAUCAGCAGGUCAGAAAAAGAAGAAGAAGAAGAAAAAGAAGAAGCCCAAGCAGCAGCCUGAGCAUCAGGCAGAGGAAUCUGUGCCGGACAAGCCUGCCGAAACGCACGAAUCCGGUUGCUGCAAGCUCAGAAAUCUCAAGGAAAUCACCUGUCUUGAGCUGAUCUGUCCACACUCUAGCAAGCCAGCGGGCAAAGCAUUUUCGUCCGAAGGCCCGAAUGCAGGGGCAGCAGCGUCGCCUUCGCCAAAGCCUUCCCAGCCUGCGGCCGCCACCAACGCUCUCACCCAGAAUCACCUGGACAGCUUGUCCGACGCCAUUGUGAAGAGCCUAGCAUCUCUGGACAAGAGCUCCAUCAGCAUCACCCUCGUGAACCCCAAGGACGAGUCCACCGUCGGCGAGAAAAUCGUCCGUGCUCUGCAGGAGCCGCUGCCCGGCCCUGAUCCCGAAAUAGUGGUCGACAUAUGUGGUACAAGCGUGAUUGACUUUGGAAAGGACAGUGGUGUGAGCGGUAGUGCCGUGUUGCAGAACUCUAGUGGCAAAAUGCCGUCGGGAGACGGUGGUGACUCAAAGAAGUCCGGCAAGAAAAACAAGGACAGUGGUGGCGCUGCGAAAGCUGUGAACAAUCACGUUGUGAUAAGUGGCGACAAACAUCCCCAGAAAGCAGACGACAAGGCCACAAAGGUCAUUCAGAAACAAGCAGACGUGAAACCCUGUGGAGUGCCUUUCGCACAGCCAAAAAAGGAGAUCGACGGCCCAGCGGCCAAAAACGCCUCAACGAACGACACAGCACAGGGUGUGGCUGGAGAGAAAACAAAAGCGCAGCUGAAAGCGGAAAGAAGAGCAGCUUUCGAAGCUGAGAAUGCUGCCCGUCUUGCUGCUCAGAAAACCGAAGGAAAUGCCGUUAGUGAGAAAAGCAAGGCAGAGCUGAAAGCCCAGAGGCGAGCAUUGCAAGAAGCUCAGCGGGCAGCAAAGGCGCAGGGAGCGACCGAAAAGCCCAGCAAAGCAGCAGAGCAGGCACCCACGACUGCUAAGCAGGCUGCAGCUGCAGGUGCUCUGCAUCACCCAGUUGCCAAGAAAGCAGAUGGCGAAGGCAAACAGGAACAAGGCUCUCACUCACAGGAGGCUCCCACAAAGAAGGCUGCCCGAAAGCCAGCACCUGAAGGCAAGCAGCAUGAAGUCUUGCGGCUGUUCUCUCAUCUGCAUCAAAACCCUGGAACAGUGGACCACCUGAAGCCUUAUGGUUUAUCUGGUUCUUCCAUCCACCCAGCUGUGUUUCGAACUGGCCUCCAGAUUGCGGAAGGCGUUGUCAUUGGCUCGAACGCUCGCUGUGUUGCCAUGCUGGCAGCGUUCAGAUCGCUGAUAGAGGACUACACUUGUGAUGGCAGCAAGAGGGUGUCCCAGGACCUCAGGGAGAGACUGGACAAAAAUAUUGAGUUUCUAAAUAAAUCCAGACCUCUGAGCAUGAGCAUGCAGAACGCAAUGACAUUUCUGAAGGCCCAAAUCUCUGAAAUUCAAGAUUCAGAGCAGGUGGAAAAGGUGAAAGGCAGUCUAGUGGAAUGGAUUGAGAAAUUUGUGUAUGAAGAAGUGUGUCUGGCAAAGCGUCAGAUUACGGUGGAGGCCCAGCAAAAGAUCAAGGACGAAGACGUCAUUUUGACUUAUUGCUGCUCAUCACUGGUCAAGAGUGUCCUCAAGGUGGCACACGAGUCCGGGAAAAGCUUCAGGGUCAUUGUUGUUGACAGCCGGCCACAAUUUCGAGGUCGAGAAAUGUUGGAGUACUUGUCCAAUAUCGGAAUCAACUGUACUUACGUCCUUAUAACUGCUGUAUCUUAUAUAAUGAAGGAGGUGACAAAAGUCGUGCUCGGAGCCAGCACUCUCUUGGCCAACGGUUAUGUCAUGGGCCACAUAGGCACCUCCCAAAUAGCUCUAGUUGCCAAAUCGAGGAAUGUACCUGUGUUGGUGUGCUGCGAAACAUACAAGUUUUCUGACAGGGUCAUCACCGAUUCCUUUGCGCUCAAUGAACUGGGGCCAACUUCUCAGCUUGAGUCGAGUCUGCCUGCUAGCGUCAAGACCGACGGCCUGAAGGACUUGCCGUCACUCAGCUUUCUUAACCUCAUGUAUGACGUUACGGCACCCCAGUUUGUGGACAUGGUAAUCACCGAGAAAGGCAUACUUCCCUGCACCUCAGUGCCUGUCGUGUUACGGAUGCGGAACGCAGUCUACCAGUAGAACUCCUUUAGGAUAAUCCUCGUUUCAGGAUAUUACAGUGUUCAAAACCUACGGCAGGCUCGUGGAAUUAGCUCACAUUAACUCGGGAGCUUUCCAGCAGUCUGACUGAUGAGGUGGGAGGACUCCUUAAUUAUGCUGUAUGAAGUGAUCUUGAUUGUUUUGUUUUUCUUUUGUAAUAAAAUAUAGUAAAUGACAGUGA